CGCGCCAUAAUCGGCAGUCCACCUUUGUGUACUCUGCAGAGCAGCUCGGAGAUACGAGGACAAGUGUUUGCACUUUCUUUUUCCAUCACGUUCAACUGGAAAAAUGCCGUCCCGUGGAGAAGAUAUCCUCAAAGGCUUUCAAGUUAAUUGGAUGAAUUUGCGGGAUGCUGACAACGGGAGAAUUCUCUGGCAGGGUAAUGAAGACUUAUCAGUACCUGACGUAGAGCAUGAGGCGAGAGUACCGAAGAAGAUCCUGCGCUGUCGUGCGGUAUCGAGGGAAAUCAAUUUCAGUUCUUCAGAACCGAUGGAAAGGUUUCGUCUGGAGCAGAAAGUAUUAUUCAAGGGUCGUUGCUUGGAGGAGUGGUUCUUCGAGUUUGGAUUCGUUAUCCCCAACAGCACCAACACGUGGCAGAGUUUGAUCCAAGCUGCACCGGAGAGUCAAAUGAUGCCAGCUAAUGUAUUGAACGGCAACGUUGUGAUAGAGACCAAGUUCUUCGACGACGAUCUCUUGGUGUCUACCAGUCGAGUUCGUCUCUUCUACGUCUAAGGCUAAAUAUCUAAAUCUCCGAACGGUCCUCAUCUUCAUGUAUACACACAUGCUGUAUAUAACGGGACCAAUCACACAGCGUGCAAGAUUGUAUACAAAAUUGAGAGAACACACAUCGCCAAGUUCUCACGUGCGUUCAACUUUUUAUCAAAUAAGUCAAUUUUUAUGUCUUUUUUCUAUAUUACCUUUUACGUAAUGUAUUAAGUAAGAAGUCAACGAUCUCAUGAUUCUAUAAUGAUAUACGCUCCGUUUCGAUACGGUUCGCAAACUUUUUCCUCGCACGCAGUUUGGAACGCGGCCGAUGAUGAUCCAAUGAGAGAGCUUCUGGGAAUCAACGGGAAAAUAAGUCCCCUCAAUGGGCCAUCGGCUGCGUUUCAGACUGCAUCGGGGAAAAGAGCGCUCGAACCGUUUCGGAACCGAGUAUAGACACAGUUGUGUGUGAACUCGAGCACAUCGUUACGAAAUAAUUGUUCUCGCAUUUCGUUUGCGCGUACGGCCUAUUAUAUAUUUAUUAUGUAAUAAUAGAGAUAGCGAUAUUUUUCACUGUUGGAGAUACAAGGCGCACCUUGUUAACACGUGUAUUUUAUUUAUUACGUACUUAUUACUGGGCAAAUGUAGAGGAGGUUUUUUGUACAUAUUGUGAUACACUACACCACGAGCAA